UGCUUGGAGUGCCAGAUGUAGGGACCCUGGGAGACUCCCAGCCUCCCCAAGGAUUACAUCUGCACCAGGUGCAUUGAGAUGAAGCUCCUUAAGGACCGCGUUAGGCAUCCGGAGCUGCAACUUGAUGACCUUCAGCUAAUUAGGGAAAGUGAGGAGGUGAUUGAUAAUACCUAUAGAGAGAUAGUGGAUAGCACCUCUGUGACAGCCCCCCCCCCUCAGAAAUCGACAUAUCGUUUUAGAUACUGUUGGAGAGGUUGACCUGACAGAGGAAGACCACAGCGAAUGGGACUCUGGCCCUCUGCCCAGUGCCGUGAUCAAGAGAGCAAGGAGAAAUGCAGUAGUUAUAGGGGAUUCCAUAGUGAGGUGAACAGACAAGAGACUCUGCGAGCCGGACAAGGAUACCCGGAUGGUGUGUUGCCUCCCUGGUGCCAGGGUACGGGAUGUCUCAGAUCAGGUCCAGAGUAUUCUGAGGAGAGAGGGCGAGCAGCCAGAAGUCUUGGGACAUAUAGGUACCAAUAACAUAGACAGAAAAAGAGAGGAGAUCCUGGAGGAAUAUUACUGGGAGCUAGGAAGAAAAUUUAAAAGCCGGACCUCCAGAGUAAUGAUCUCAGGAUUGCUGCCUGAGCCACGCACUAAUGAAGAUAAGAAUAGCAGAAUUAAGCAGAUGAAUGUGUGGCUAAGUAACUGGUGCAGGGGGCAGGGCUUCAAAUUCUUGGAUCAUUGGGAUCUAUUUUGGCGGAGGUAUGACUUAUACGAAAACGAUGGGAUACAGCUGAACUCAAAGGGUACUAAUAUCCUGGUGGGAUUGCUUAAUAUAGCUGUUAGGGAGGGUUUAAACUAAGUUGGCAAGGGGAAGGAAACCAGGGUGUUAGAGUCGAGGAAGAGGAAAAUAGAAAUAAGUCAAAGAUACUGUACACCAAAGAUGGCAAGAAAGAAUGACAUACAGGUGAAUAGAUAGGAUAGUUUGCAAUAGGAAUAGAGCGAAAUCGGUAACAGAUACUGAUCUAAAUGUACUGUACUUAAAUGCACGCAGCUUUAGAAAUAAAGUGGAUGACAUUGUUUUACAGCUGCAGGUUAAAAGAUAUGACAUUGUGGCCAUCACCGAGUCAUGGCUAAAUGAUGGAUGUGAUUGGGAGCUGAAUGUCCAAGGAUACACAGUGUAUAGGAAAGAUAGGAAGAUGUUCAACAGAAACACAAGGAGACUCUGUGGGUACAAACUGAAACACUGAGAGUGAACACGAUCCUGAUGAGGGAGAAGGUGAAGGUUUUCCAGCUGGUUGAUCGAUACGCUGAGCUCACGGUCAUUUCUACUGUUCGAGAUCGGAGACUGGUGGAACAUGAGCUGCUGGCAAGAGGCAGAGACCACGAGGAGUGGAGAGAGAUGCAUCUCUGCGGAAAGCUGGAAAAAAUCCGGACGGAUCAGUUCUUCCAGAGCAGCUUUUCUGGGAAUAAAUCCAAUUCUGGGAGUUCAGCAGCAGUGGCCGGAGUGUCAGGGAUCGGAAAAACAACAAUGGUACGAAAGAUUGUUUAUGACUGGGCCACGGGGAAAAUAUACCAGCAAUUCCAGAUUGUCUUCAGUUUCAAAUUCCGGGACUUAAAUGCCAUUAACCAGAGGACAAACCUGAGGGAGCUGAUUCUUGAUCAAUAUCCUUACUUUAGGAAUUCCCUGAGAGAGGUCUGGAAGAACCCAGAGCGAUUGCUGUUUAUAUUCGAUGGUUUGGAUGAAUUCAAGCACUGAAUCGAUUUUGCUGACAGUCGGAGAGAUACAGAACCCAAGCACCGGUGCCCAGAUCCCCAGAGCUGGUGUGAAGUGUCUGACAUUGUGUACAGUUUAAUCCAGCACAAGCUGCUCCCAGGGUGUUCAGUGCUGGUGACCACCC